AUGUCACACAUCGCUCCAACAGCGGCGCGACAAGCGCUGCGACAAUGCAGUCGCCGCCUCUCCACCACCACCGCCACCACCUUCGCCACCCAAGCGUCACGAUCCUGCGUUGCCUCCCAUGGCCGACGACAUUACGUUUCCGAGUCGGCGCCUAAGCAAGCGACCGUCAACAUCGAGACAGCCAUCCGCCAGGACCAGAAAGCGUUUCUUGCCCAAACAGGAACAAGGCCUCAGGAUGCACAGAUGCCAACGACAGGCAUGUCCGCCGACGCCAUGAUGUCCCCAGCAGCCGGCAUAUUGAAACAAGCCACGGUCAUGGACGAGGGCACCCGUCCUAUCUACCUGGACAUGCAAGCCACUACCCCAACCGACCCGCGAGUCCUAGACGCCAUGCUGCCAUUCUACACCGGCCUCUACGGCAACCCACACUCGCGCACGCACGCCUACGGCUGGGAGACGGAGAAAGCAGUCGAAGCAGCACGGAAGCACAUCGCCGACCUCAUCGGCGCCGAUCCGAAAGAGAUCAUCUUCACGAGUGGCGCGACGGAAAGCAACAAUAUGAGCAUCAAGGGUGUGGCACGCUUCUUCAAGAAGAGCGGCAAGAAGAACCACAUCAUCACCUGUCAGACUGAGCACAAAUGUGUGUUGGACAGCUGCCGGCAUUUGCAAGAUGAAGGCUUCGAAGUCACCUACUUGCCCGUGCAAGAGAACGGACUCGUGAAUAUGGAGGAGCUGGAGCGAUCGAUUAGGCCCGAGACCUGUCUCGUCAGCAUCAUGACGGUCAACAACGAGAUUGGCGUGGUGCAGCCCGUCGACGAGAUUGGUCGACUAUGUCGGAGCAAGAAGGUCUUCUUCCACACAGAUGGUGCGCAGGCAGUGGGUAAAAUUCCCAUUGACGUGAACAAGAUGAAUGUGGACCUCAUGUCUAUCUCCGCGCACAAGAUCUACGGACCGAAGGGUAUCGGAGCAUGUUACGUGCGAAGACGGCCGAGGGUGAGAAUCGACCCUAUCAUUUCCGGCGGUGGUCAGGAGCGAGGACUGCGGUCCGGAACGAUUGCGCCGCCGCUGGUCAUUGGGUUCGGUGAGGCGGCUAGGAUAGCGAAGGAGGAGAUGGAGUACGACACCGCCCGCAUCUCCGCACUCUCCCACACACUCUCCUCCUCCCUCCUCUCCCUCGACCACACCCAUCUCAACGGCGACCCCUCCGCCCACUACCCAGGCUGCGUCAACAUCUCCUUCGCCUACGUCGAAGGAGAGUCUCUCUUGAUGGCCCUCAAAGACAUCGCACUCUCCUCCGGCUCCGCUUGCACCUCCGCUUCUCUCGAACCGAGCUACGUCUUGCGAGCGUUGGGCAAUUCGGAUGAAAGCGCGCAUUCCUCCAUCAGGUUUGGAAUAGGCCGGUUUACGACCGACGCGGAGAUUGAGUACGUAGUCAAGGCUGUUACGGAGAGGGUUGGGUUCUUGAGGGAGUUGAGUCCGUUGUGGGAGUUGGUGCAGGAGGGCGUGGAUUUGGAUACUAUUGAGUGGAGCCAACAUUGA